UUGAGAAUCAAAACCCAUCGAGCCUCGAUGAGAAAGGAUUUCUACAGGCUUCUAGACCGGAUCCCUCAAGUAACGUUAGACCUUCCCUACAUCCAUCUCUACACGACGGAUUUCGACCUCAACAUUGGAAUAACCCUCAAGAAAUACUCUCCUUUGGGAUUAUAGAAUGCUUCUAUCAAAAUUCAACACAUUCGCUCACAUUUCCACCGUGGACAUGCCGGCGAAAAUCCAGCUUCAAGUUAAGGAGAAAGAGCCGUUCGAGAAGGUGUAUCAGGUCGGCUCUGUGCUGGGAAGCGGCGGUUUUGGGACGGUGUAUGCGGGUUUGAGGAUCGCCGAUGGCGCGCCGGUUGCCAUCAAGCAUGUGGCCAAAGAUCGUGUUACUGAAUGGGGAGAGCUGCCCAAUGGCUCGCGCGUCCCGAUGGAGAUCGUCCUGUUAAAGAAGGUCGAGUGCCAGCAGCUUAUCAAGUGGUGCCUGGCCCUCCGCCCCGCGGAACGCCCGUCUUUCGAGGACAUCAUCAACCACCCUUGGAUGCAGAACACAGCGCCCCCUACAGACAACACUGAGAUUAGACUGCACAGCAUCAGCCCGCUGCUUUCCCAGCAGUCACUGUGUGCAAAUGACUCUAUCUGA